ACCAGGCGUAGGAUUUCAUUCGUCGUUGCUGUGACUUGAUUGAUGCUUGAUUAAGUCUUCCAUGUUGUGAUUGCGCCUUGCAUUUGGUUUAGUUACAAAGUUUUCUUGUUCCGCAGACUUAGCAUUUCUGUGAAUGGCCAUGGAAGUGGAAAACCAAGCGACAUCUCCUGCAUUUGACGAUUUUUUGCAGACCGGAAGGACGGGUCGACGAAAUGCCAUGCCGGAUAUUAGAGCGGAAAACGCCGCAAUGAGCACAGCAUCAUUGCCAGAGAGUUUACAGAAAUUAACUUGUUCAGAUUUGCAAAUGGAUACAACCUGUUCAGAUGAAAGUUCAGGGUCAGGGCAAGUAGCUGAAGCUGCUGCUCCUAAUACGUAGCUUCCACAUGAAAAGGAUUUUUUUAAUUGGUGGAAUGGUCCAUAUUGAGGUUCACAGAGAAAUGUGGCUUAAAACUCUGGUUAAGAAUCUGAUUUUGGAUACUAGUCAACUAUUCAUAAAUGAUUGAUUCCUGACUUGGAAAUGGCAUUACAGGAAUCUGACAGCUAUGUGCUUUUAUAAACAAGUGGCUCCCUCAUUAUGUGAUAUGGUACAUACAGAAAUGGAAACCUCAAUUUCUAAACCACCUUUCUCCGCAAGCAGAUGUUCAGUUGUAUAUAUGUGGAAUUAUUAUAGCCAUUGUGUUUGGCUGUAUUAAAAAAAAAAAGGAUUAUUUUGUGUAUGUCAGUCUUCAACAAUCUCUGUUUGUGUUGUGAUACUUGUUUUCAAAAUUCCUCUUUGUAGUAACUAAGUUAUUAGAGCCUUUGUAUAACGUACCCUGAUUUUAAAUGGAACUUUAUACAUGUUUUUAAAACAAUAAAUAUUAUUAGAAAUCUU